AUGCCUCGCGUCUGGUUCAUCACCGGCAGCUCUCGCGGCCUGGGACGCUCUAUAGCCGAGGCGGCACUCGAAUGCGGAGACGCUAUUAUCGCCACUGCUCGCAAGCCUGCACAGCUCGCCGAUCUAACGGAUAAAUAUGGUGACGAGAGAGUUCUGGCACUGCACCUGGAUGUGACCAACAACGAACAAGUCAUCCAAGCCGUCCAUGCCGGACACCAGAAGUUCGGCCGCAUCGACAUCGUUGUCAACAAUGCCGGAUACGCCAACACAGCCGCAGUCGAGGACAUGGAUGUCCAGGAUUCCCGCGCGCAGGUCGACGCCAACUUCUUCGGGGUCGUCUACGUCUCCAAGGCGAUACUGCCGAUCCUCCGCCUGCAGGGGUCGGGACAUAUCUUCCAGGUCUCCUCCCUAGGCGGACGCAUCGGAGCUCCCGGGCUCUCGGCCUACCAGUCUGCCAAAUGGGCCGUGGGCGGUUUUUCGACCGUCCUGGCUCAGGAGCUCGCACCGUUCGGAGUCAAAGUCACCGUUCUUGAACCGGGUGGCAUCAGGACUGACUGGGCGGGAUCGUCCAUGACGAUCCCCAAGGUCAGUGAGCCAUACCAGACGACCGUGGGCACGUUUGCGGAAUAUCUACGCAAGUCAACGGGCAGCGAGCUGUCGUUGCCCGGUCGGAUUGCAGACAUCAUUAUGAAGAUCGCCGCGCUGGAGGAACCCCCUUUGCGUCUUUUGGUGGGUCCUGAUGCCGUGGAAUACGCUGGCCAAGCGGCGGAGGCUCCAGCAGCAUCAGACGAGAAGUGGAGGGAUUUGAGUCUUGAAUCGACUUAG